AUGUCUGGCGCAAUCAACAAAGUCAAGGAUGCUCUCCACCUCAACAAGGACCAUACCACCACUGGAACUACCGGCACCACAGGCACUCACACCACAGGCACCCACACCACAGGUGCUCACACCGGCAGUGGUGUACCUGAGGGAGUCGCUGGUCCUCACAGCUCCCGCGCAGCUAAUGCCGCUGAUCCUCGUGUCGAUUCAGACUUAGAUUCUUCUAGACAUACCGGCACUGGAUACACUGGCACCAGCACUGGUGCUGGCGUUGGACACACUGGCACCCACACUACCCACACCACCGGAGCUCACACUGGCACUGGCAUUGGUAGCUCAAACCAUGGAACCAGCACCGUGGGCCCACACUCUACAGACACUGCCAACAAGUUAGACCCAAGAGUCGAUAGCGACCUCUCCAAGACCCACCACACCACUGGCACCACCGGUACCCACGGUACUUCAGGUCUCACAGGAUCACACAACACUGCUGGUACCCACACCACACAUGGCACCACUGGUCUUGGAGGCACCCACACCGGCAACACUUCAGGCACCCACACAGGUACAACUGGUGGCAUCUCGCACUCGACCAAUGCUGGUCCACACAACUCGAACGUUGCCAACAAGGCUGAUCCUCGAGUUGAUUCCGACCUUGAUGGCAGAGGCAACCGCCACGGAGCUUCUACCGGAGCUAGCGCAGGUGUCUUUGGCGCAUCAGGCAGCCACGCAACUGCUGGCUCAGGAACUGCUCAGAACACUGCAGGCCCGCACAACAGUGACUUGCUGAACAAGGUUGACCCUCGCGUCGACUCCGACAGAGAUGGUUCCAAGACGGUUGGCGGCAAUAAGACCCACGCUUGA